AUGGCCUCCGCUCCGUCGUGGAGCCGGGAGUUCUCCAAGCAGCGAGUCUCAGAACUUACCAGGCUCGGCAAAGCGACGAACUGGGCCAAAGCUCUCAGUCUCGUGGCUGACAACGCCGAGAGGGGCCCAGACCUCGAUGUCUUUGCCGUGGGAGCGAGCAUUCGUGCGUGCGAGCCCGCUGCAGAGUGGGAAGUCGCACUGUCUUUGCUGUCGCUGGGCCGUGCAAGUCGAGUCGUUCUGAAUGACAUCGCCUACAACAUUGCGAUUAGCGUUUGCGACAAGGCCAAAAAGUGGCAGCAAGCCAUUCUGCUUAUUCAGGACAUGGAGGCGAAUCAUGUGCAGACGGAUGUGAUCACGUGGAGUGCUUUGGUCAGUGCUUUUGCCAAGGGCCAGCAAUGGGAACAGGCCUUGGAAGUCCUGCAAUCACUGCCAUUACGGCACGUGACACCAAAUGAGAUGACAUACAGUGCUGCAAUCAGUGCAUGCACGGCCGCGACGCCGUGGCCUUGGGCCCUUGAGAUUGCAGAGGUCAUGCAGCAGCAGAGUCUGGAAGCUGAUUCUGUCGUGCAAACCGCCAUGAUCACCGCCUGCGGCUUCGGUGCGAAGUGGGAAGAAUGCAUCGCUAUUCUAGCAGCCAUGCAAGGUGAGCCUCUUCGGCAAAUAACUUGCAAUGCAUUCAUGACCUCCUUGCAGAGGGCAGGGCAAUGGACUCGGGUCCUCGAUGUGCUUCGUGACAUGCAGCAGAAGGCUGGAGUUUGGAAGAAUUGCACCCUUGACUCCUUCGCCUGCUCAGCUGCGAUAGCAGCAUGCGGCACCGGCGGCCACUGGCAAGCGGCUGUGAGCCUCUUUCUGCGGACUCCAGUGCAGUCAGUGGUUCUUCUGAACGUGGCCAUAGUCGCUUGCGGUGAGAACUCUCAGUGGCAAUGGGUUCUGCAGUUGUUGAGCCAGAGCCGUGUCAAUCGGUUGGUGCCAGACACCAUAUCGUGCAACUCCGCCAUAACAGCAUGUCAGAUGUGCGGACGCUGGCAGGAGGCAGAGACAAUCCUGGACGAGAUGACAAGACAGGUGAGCGCUGCUCCGGACCGGAUCACGCUGAAUGCCUUUAUCACUGCUUGCGGGGUCGCUCAGCGAUGGCAGCGAGGCAUCUCGGCCUUGCUCGGUCAGCUAUCUGCUUUCAGUGGUAUAGAGCCUGACACGGUAAGCUGUAAUGCUGCCCUGGCUGGAUGCCAAGCACAGUGGAGACAGUGCGGGGCUAUUCUGGACUUUGCAGCUGCAGCAAGCAUCAUCAUCGAUGAGGUGGGGUGCUCCGCCGCCAUUACCGCUUUCGAUCGUGGCCAUUCCUGGGAGCGUGCAAGCCUAGCUCUCUGUGCGAUGCCCUCACUUGGCCAAAACAUAGUGGCUACCAACUCAGUGCUCGCCGCGUACGAGAAGGCCGGUCGAUGGGACUCCGCGCUUGCACUGCUUUACCGACUCAGUAUGCAUCAGUUGGAAGCAGAUCGAGUUAGCUUCAACAGCUGCACGAGCUGCUGUGAGAAAAGCCUGUUCUGGUGGCAAGCCAUCGAUGUCUUCCAAAACAAGAUGCAGUACGACUUGAUCAGCUUCAACGUGUUGCUGCGCUCGUGCAUGCAUGCGGGCGAUUGGGAGGCGGCCGUAGCGUUGCUGGCAAGGAUGGACGAGGAAGUGCUGCAGCCGACAGAGAUCAGUCUGGCUCCUGCGAUCGAGGCACUUGCAACUUGCCGCUAUCUGCAAAUGUACUGCGACAAUGCGAUGUCUGCACGCAGCAGCCCUUCGAACUUCUGUAUGAUGCGAGCAUGUUUUGCACUUGAGGACCUCCUCUACCAGCUGCAGGAAACAGAGCCCUCGAAGCAGUGGCCCAGUAUCCAUCAGCGCAGCAUCAUCGCAGUGGCGCUGUCGUCAUGCGCUUUGCUGCUAGCAGUUGGCCCAGCGGCAUACUGCUGGCUGAAUCAGGGCCGGGCAGAGCUCGCCGACUCGUAUCGAGGAACUGCCCACCCACUCGGCGAGACGGAUUCCUGCCACACUGGGCAGGAGGCUGCUCCCAUCAGCCAUCACCAUCGACCAGCAUUGUACCUGGGGCGUGACUACGUCAAUGAGGUAGCAUCUGGAGGCAUCAAUGGCCUACUGAUGAUGGUUGCAACCGUGGUUGCCGGAAUCGGAAUAGACAUGCCUGGUCAGCAAAUUCUGGCUCUUGGCGCUGCGAGCCUCGUGUCUUAUGCCUUCUCCAUGGGCUUCGGAAUGGAUUGCUUCUGCCUGCGGUCCCUAGCGGCUCAAGCCGGCACCAGCGUCGCCGAAGCAUGGCGCUGGCGCCUGGACAACUUUCAGACCUGCGUCCGGAUGUGUGGCAAAGAAGGGUGUGGCUUCAGACGGGAAAUCGCCAACAUUACCUGCAUGGGUCCUGGGCUGCGCAUCCAGUACGAGCCUGCGAUAUUCUACCGGUACUUGACAGAAGUGCGAUCCCGGGCCUUGACCGAAGAGACCGUGAUCGGAACCGCACUCGACGUCCGGUCGGGGGUGCUCGACCCGCAGCGUGCCGGAGUCGAGGUAGAAGAACUCAAAGCCGACGCUUGGAAGGACUCCCUGGCAAAGUCGGCCGCAAAGAUUCGAGAUCUAGCUGAGCAGGACGCUGGCUGGUCGGUUUCGAUCGUUCUGGAUGUGGGUGGCCAGGAGCUGAGCAGCUUGACUUUACCUACGUCUGCGGGCCUUUGCGGCGACCCUCCACGAUCUUUGACAGAUGCUGGGACCUUACAAGCCAGCAGCGAUCUGUUCUUCUUCUUCUCGGUGGGCCUAGCGGGUUUGGCAAGCACUUGGAGGAUCGCAGGCGGCAGGCAUCACUCCUAUGUUGCCUUGUGCGAUCUCCUGUUGUGGCACGAUCGCCAACAGCUACUUCCCAAUCUCUACAACUUGAUUCGACUGGGGCCGAGGGCAUAUGCUGAACUCUCCGAGGCUUUGCUGAAGCAGUUCGCGGGGCUUUGCAGGCAAAUCGCUCCCGGAGACACCUCCAGCAUCAGCAUGAAGAAGGAAUCAGACAAUUCCUUGGAGACCAUAGCCAGACCGGCGCCCAGUGCCGCUCCGACGAUGGCAACGGACGAGGAAAUAGCCGAUCGCGUCGAAGGGGAGAUAUUGAGACACGGUGGUAUGUUGGAGUGCAACCUUCUUUACGUCUACAACCGACAGCUUCGACGGCUCAUCGGCGACCAGAAGCUCCUGUCCUUCCUGCGACAGUUCCCUCAGAAGUUCAUUCUGUCUUCAGAGCAUGGCCGGGACUUCGUUCAGACUGUGAGGAUGUCAGCCAUGCCGGAUGCUCUGCUAGGUCAAACGCUGCAGAGCUCCAGCCAGGAGGGGCGAAGAGCCGUUCAUGACUUGGAAGCUGCAGUCGUGAAACAGCUGCAGUCAUGGAUUCCCAAGACUGAGGACCAUGAUGGCCCCUUCCUCCCAAGACUGGCACGCGACAGCCGCGUGCGAAGGAAGCUGCAGCAAUUCGUAGGACACUGCCCCGUCGCCGCCGUCGCCGCGUUGAAGCGGGGAUCUUUGGCCGAUCCUGCAAUCGUCGGCUCUGGCCUUCAGCAGGAUGAGCUACAAGGGAGCCUACGCAUGUAUGGAUCAUCAGCUAAAGCGCGAAACUCUGGAAUGAGUUCGUCAGAGGCUGCCUGGGUAACCGAGCUCCUGCAUCUGCGACUCUUCCUGCUCGAUCGGCCAGAGCUCUUCCAUGUAGUGGAUUCGGGGAAGGAGUGCACGAAGAAUUUGCCCAGCUGCUGCUGCCACUUGAAGGUCAAGCUCGCAGACAUGGCCGUGGAACUGCUUCAAGAACGAGCCGUGAAGGUCAGUUCCGAACCCAGGAAGCCCGGCAAGGCCACAGAUAAGGCCACAAACGUGGAUGUUUCAAGCACCCCCACCCUCUUCUCAAACAGUGAAGUUCUCAUCGUCGACAUGCCACACAACGUCUCGACGACAGCCAUUCUCAAGUCGUAUCAGAAGCUGGCAGAUGAAGAGGGUCGCGCUCGGCAGGUGCAAGCAUGCUCCAGCCUUCCUGCUGCAGCUUCAGGAUGUUUGCUCCUCACGUGGCACAGCUCCACGAUACAGCUGCUCCAGAAGCAGGAAGUCUACGAGGCUUUGGUUUAUGGCAGCCUUCCUGCAGAGGGAGAGAUCGAUGCAAGGUUGCACGUUGUGCACAGGAGGGCCAAGACGCAGACGUUCGUCUCUCCCAAGGGCACUCCGGCAACCACACGCUUCCGGCUCCUUUCAACCUACCGGAGACAUCUGAGCGGGGAGAGCGAUGCGUCUGUUGAAGAGGUGCUCUCCCUGGUUGAGUGCUGGCCGCUCACAGCUUUGGAGAAUCAGAUUUGCACGCAUUUCGCACACAUCGGUCACAGCAUUGUUGGGGACAAACUGCAACUCAAGCGGGACAAUGCCGUGGCCAACGCACUGCAGAAUCGUCUCUAUCUCCACUGCAGACAGGUUUUCGGCAAUGGGCAGUUCGGUGCGUUUACUGCUGAGAGCUGCAGACCUCCUGAGUUCGUCAGACUGCUGCAUGCGCUGGUGGAGGAGGCCAAAGAAGGCUUUGCCACAAGCCAGCUGCAGGAAGAGUAUGAGGAGGUACGCAGCAUGCCGCAGUCGGAAGUGGACGAGAUGAUCUGCCACUACAGGAAGCGUGGGCUAUCUGACCAGGACGCAAAUGCCGUGGCGAAAAUCCUGUCGCAGUACGAGGACUUUUGGGUUCAUCACAUGAUGGCCGAAGAGCUGGGCAUCCAACUUCCCAGAGGAGACGCCUAUGCGAUGCAGUCCGGCCUUGCAACUGGGAUGUCCUUCUUGUUCUUCGGCAUGGUGCCGCUUCUUGGCCUGGCAGUUUCCACUCUUCUGCGGAGAUGUGUUGGGCCAGAGUGGUACAGACCGCAGUUCUCCACUGCAAUGUCGCUAGCCUUGAGUGCCACGGCUCUGUUGACUCUCGGCGCCUUCGUCAGCCGAGUGGUGGGAAGCCGCACGCCCAUCAUUAGUGGCCUCAUGAUCAUGGCUAAUGGUUUUGCAGCAUCUAUCAUGGCUUUCGCUGUGAGUCAGAUGCUCGUUUCUGCCGGCGGAAAGGGGGCCUGGCCCUCCCAAGAGAGACCUCGCCAGUCGGACCCUUCUGCAACAUCCUCCCCGGCGGAAGCUGGAAGGUACUGCCUGGACCGAAGUGGCAGUGCAGGGUCCACACCGGGCCAGAGUCCUGCAGAGUCGCAGGCCUGGCCAACGUUCAGACAUCAGUUCGUACACUGUAGCUCCAUGCUGUGGGUUGCCGUGUGCUCGGCCAUCGUGGCAUGGCAAGCGACGACGAGAGCGGCCAGUGCCUACGAGCGUAUGCACUGGGAGGUCAUCCGUGUCUUCGCAUACGGCCUGUUGACUUGCCUGACAACAGGACUCGGUGCUGUACCGUUCCUGUUUGUGCAUCCUGGCCACAUUGGAAUCUGGGGCUUGUCCGUGGCCAACGCGGUGGCCGCCGGCAUGAUGCUAGCAGCGUCCUCCGGCAUGCUGCUGGAGGCUCACGAGCAUUGUGGGUUUCUGGACUGGCAGAUAUUUGCUGGACUUCUGGCGGGUGGGCUCUUCAUCCGAGUGAGCGAGGGCCUGCAUGGCGACGACGAGGAAGAGGAGUCGGAGAUCGCCGCGUUGCACGAAGCGCUCGUCGAGAGGAAGCAAUGGCGAAAAGCCAUGCUUAUCUUCACAGUCAUGUUUUGCCACUCUGCAGCGGAAGGCAUCGCGGUGGGCGUGGCCUUCAGCAGGCGACUGAACACUGAGUUCGGGGUCUACAUCUCCUUGCUCCUUGCAGUGCACAACGUCCCUGAGGGCCUCGCGGUUGCACUUGUUCUUGUUCCACGUGGAGUUUCUGCGACGCUGACUGCUCUGAUUGCCAUCUUGACGAGUGUUCCGCAGCCGCCGCUGGCACUAGCUGCGUUCCUCUUUGUG